CCAUCCCAAACAAAAGUAGCUAGCUCUUCCCCUCCACCGUCAACUGUGGCUGAAACAACUACAACGCUCUCGUCAACAACUGAAACUUCAAGCAAAGCAGAAAGAACGACCACUGCAGUCACAUCAAGCCCAACUGCAGCAUCUUCCUCUCAAACAGCUACAAGCUCUCCAGCAGCGACAGCAUCAUCGCCAAAUACAUCCACACUUACGUCCACCUCUUCUCCUGCAACAAGCCCAUCUCCUACAACCACCUCAGCAGCUCCUCUAACCACUGCUCAGGAGACCACUUCUCCAGCUCAGACUACCUCUGCACCAACGUCGAGCCUAACACCAACCUCCACUUCAACACUCUCCACUUCACCUCUCUACACCAGUGCUACUGUCUCCUCCACCCCUGUACAAACAUCCACCACUGCAACCCCAUCUACAUCUGCUCCUGUAUCUACAAGUACGAGCUCUUCCACUCCAGAAGCAACCACAGCACUGCUGACAACAACCACAGUUCCCUCAACUAUGCAAGAAACCUCCAGUCCGGCUGCUGAAACGUCCAGCGCUGCAACAUCCAGCACAGCUCUCACAGCCACUUCUGCUCUGUUGACCAGCACUAGCGCCGGCACCACAACUUCCACCACCAUCUUCACAUCACACACGAGCACCCCUGCAUCUCUGACAAGCACACCAGGCACUACCACAUCACCUCUUGCAGCAACCACUGCUCAGGAGACCACUUCUCCAGCUAGGACCACAUCUCCACCCACCUCUACUUCU